AUGUUCGCCAGCGCGCGUGUAUUUAAGCAAAACGCUGCACUAAAAACAAUUUUUCAGUGUCAAGCACGAUGGUACUCAGAGAGAAACAUUUUGAAAUUGAAAGAACGUGGCUUCAUACAGGACGUCUUCCCAGCUGAAUCGAUUGACAAAGCCCGUUCGAAGCUGGGAUCUUCCAGCCAAACCUUGUAUGCCGGGUUUGACCCCACAGCCGACAGUCUGCAUGUGGGAAAUUUGUUGGUUAUUCUUGGCUUGUUACACACGCAGCGUGCCGGCCAUCAACCGAUAGCACUGGUUGGAGGAGCUACUGGAUUGAUAGGUGAUCCUUCGGGACGUAAAUCCGAGCGACAGCAGCUAGAAACAGCGACGGUGCAGCAUAAUGUGGAGUGCAUCAAGAAGCAGAUAGAGACCAUUUUUACCAACCACCAGCGCUUAUUUUGGGACAAAUCCGUUCCUCUCAAACCAGUGUUGGUCGUGAAUAACGCCGACUGGUAUCAGCAAUACAAUUUCGUGGAUUUUAUGGCCAACGUUGGGCGUCACUUUCGUAUGGGUGCCAUGUUAUCACGCUCGUCCGUGCAGAGCCGACUAAACAGUGAAUCCGGAAUGAGCUUUACCGAAUUUUCCUACCAACUGUUUCAGGCUUAUGAUUGGUUGCACUUGCUACGGCACCAUGACUGUCGUUUCCAGCUCGGUGGAUCAGACCAAAUGGGAAAUAUAAUGUCCGGCCAAGAGCUGAUCAGUCGGACAGAGUCGAAGGAGGUGUUUGGUUUAACGCUGCCCUUGAUUACUAACGAGGAGGGUGAUAAGUUUGGCAAAUCGGCAGGCAACGCCGUGUGGCUGGCAGAGGAACGCACAUCACCGUACGCAAUGUAUCAGUUCUUCGUUCGUACGCCCGACUCGGAAGUGGAAAAGUUGCUGCGACUGCUUACUUUUCUCCCAGUACAAACGAUAGAGCAGGUUAUGGCACGCCACCAAAGAACACCGGAGUUAUGGGAAGCGCAGAAACUGUUAGCCGAACAGCUGACAAAACUCGUGCACGGCGAAGAGGGAUUACACAAAGCAAAAGCUAUUAGCCAAGCUCUUUUCAAAGGGGACGUAUCUACUUUGGAGCAUCUUAACGUUAAAGACAUUUCGCAAAGCUUUGGUGGCGCACCGUUGUGUGAACUGCUUCCUGAACCUGGAAUGAACGUGCUGGAUUUGGCACUGCGUGCAAAAUGCUUUCCAAGCAAAUCGGAUGCCGUUCGAAUAAUCGGCGCCGGAGGAUUCACCAUAAAUUUUAAGAAAGCUAAAAAUCCUGCCGAGGUACUAGCGCCAUCCGUGCAUAUUCUCUCAAAUAAGUUAUCUCUGUUGAGAGUAGGCAAACGUAACUAUUAUAUCGUGAAGUGGUUGAUAUAG